AUGCUUAGGUUAGUCAUCGAACUUACGAUGGGUAGAUAUUAUAAAAGAAAAACCCAGAAAGCAAAAUGGAUGCAAGAGGAACUUUGUAAGGCUCUUGAUGCCAUCAAAUCUGGAAGAAAAAUAAGAGAAGUAUCAAGAGCUUUUGGGAUUCAUGAAGCUACACUGCGAACGAGAAUGAAGUAUGCAGAGGCUAACAACAUUGCAAACAAUUUUGAUAAAUCAUCUAGGUUAGCUGGAAAGGAUUGGCUAGCUCUAUUUUUAAAAAGAAACCCAAGUAUUAGCUUGAGAAAACCUGAAGCAACUAGCAUUAUCAGAAUACAGGCAUUUAAUGAAGAAGAGGUUAAUGCAUAUUUUAAAAAUUUAGAACGCGUCUUUGAAAAAUAUAAAUUUAAAGAGGGGCGAGUGUUCAACGUCGUUGAAACGGGCAUAAAUACUGUACAAAAGCCCGACAGAAUUUUGGCUCCUAAAGGUGUUAAACAAAUAGUGCUGCUGGUACCUACACCCCCCCCUACGUUUAUCUUCCCCAGGAAGAGGAUGUCAAAUCUCUUAAGUAAAGGUGGACCAGUUGGAGCAAUAUAUGGUUGUUCUGUCAAUGGCUCGUCCAAUGAGUCAUUAUUUUUCGAAUGGAUCCAACAUUUUCAGAACAAUGUAAAAUCAACUAUUGAUGACCCUGUGCUGCUUAUUUUAGAUAAUCACAGCAGCCAUAUGUCACUUGAUAUUUUUGAAUUUUGUAAAAAACAUUCUAUUGUCAUGGUAACCAUACCUCCACACACUUCUCACAAGCUUCAACCACUAGAUGUUACAUUCUUUUCCUCUUUGAAAUUAGUCUUCAGUCGUGAAUGUGACAUGUAUAUGAAGUCACAGGUGUAUCACAAAAUUACACCAUAUGAGUUAGCAGAACUUUUUAAUAAGGCAUAUAAUAAGGUCACUACCAUGGACAAUGGGCAGUCAGGGUUUAAGGCAUGUGGGAUUUGCCCUUUCAAUCCAAACAAAUUUCAGCGUGACGACUUACAACAAUGUGAGAUCUUCAGAGAUGUUGUCCUUGAAGAUGAAGAGGUUCCCAAUGCAAGAAAUGGAAAUGAAGUGGUUGCAUCUACAAACGAGCCACAUAUCCCCAAAAGGAGUCAAGAACGAAUUCUUGAAUCUUCAGCAGAAGAUGUUCCACUUCUAGUAGGCCUAGAAGAGGUCACAACAACAUCAACUAAAAGUGCAUGUGUCAAGCACACGAAACAAGCCAAGGGAAAGCCUAAGGGAAAGUCAGUGAUCCUUACAGCAACUCCAGAGAAGAAUAAACUGCUAACGGAGUUAUCAAUAAAGAAACAAAAAGAAGCCAUGAAAAAGAAAGCUGAAGGAAACAAGAAAAGAAAUCGUAAGGAUAAAGCAGAUAAGUGCAGAAAUCUGCAACUUAAAAGUCUCAAAGAAGAAAUAGACAUUGUGUAA